ACUUCGCCGUCCGUCUUAUAGGUUAUGUCGCGCUGACGGCACCCAGCGAAGUCUCGCAAUCUCGUACCGUUGAAAUUCGCGCGUGAAUCAGUCCCAGUCCGCGACUCCGGUAUAAGCCUGAGGUCGAACCGGCGUUCGUAGAGAAUCUUGCGACGCCACGUCCUCCUUCCCCAUUAGAGGAGUCGCGUUGCACACCCUCGAGGACCUCGCUUACUGCGCAACGGGCGCCGCUUAUCGCUAGCAACAACGCCGGAGUCGAGAGAACUCGCCUUUGUUUUCCUCGCCGGUGGACGUGACCGUGACGCAAAGAAGAGAAGGGGGGGGAGAAAGAGAGAGAGAGAGAAAAAAAGUUCACGUUCAAAUCAACUGCGACACGUAAACUGUGAGACGAGAUGUCGGCAUCUCCCAUCGCCAGACAGGCCACCCAGAGCCAGAAUAUACCAUCCAAGAGGAUCGUCAUCCACGAUCCGAACCAGCUACCGGCCGACUAUUCGUCUACCCCCGGGGGCACGCUCUACUCCACGACGCCGGGAGGUACUCGCAUUGUAUACGAACGUGCAUUUCUGAUGAAUCUGCGGAACUCGCCGAUAUCGCGAACACCACCGCGAAAUACGCUUACCAUACCGUCGGAAUUGCUGAAGGGCAACUCGCCGGCCAUCACGAAGGAUCCCACCAAAAAUAUUAAUACUAAAGAGUCUCUGGUGAUUGAGGAAUCUGCGGAGCAAUUCGAAAUGGAUAUGUGAAGCAAAUACAGCGUACCAUCAAUUAAAAUGUGUUCGUGGCCAUGUUCGAGAGUAUUGUCGAUCUGUCCUACGACAAUCGCAUGAAGUAUCAUGGCUGACACACUUUUGUGCCUUUAACAGUGGUCUUAUUAUGAAUCUUUAAGAGAUUUUCUCCUUGACAGAAGACCAUAUCUUAUUCAUUAUGUAUUGUAUAUAAAUCAUUUAAUUCUCGACGCUAGUUCUUAAUCAGCGUGAUACGUAUAUUUGCACAUAAAGAACGGCCGUGUCAAUGUAAAGGUGCUUAUGUCCGGCGCGACAUUAGCGAUCUGUUAUACUGUCUUCCGUUUAAAAAUGGCCAAUGCAAUGCUUUGUAACAUGUUUCGUAAGGAACUUGUAUCUGUGAAUAAAUGAUACAUAUGUUUUAUACAUA